UUUCGACCAAUCACAGCGCGGGGCAGUCUUACGUCCCAUCAGCAAACCGGAAAAAAGUGUAAACAAAUAAGUAAGAAGAAAGUUCUUUUGCGGCUGAGGUAUUUUGAACUUAAUUUGCUUAUACAGUAGAAACGAUGUAACUGUAUAUACUUCGUGUGACAGCUUUGUAUUUUUAACUCUAACAAUAUCUGCGAACCAACAAGCUUCGUUCGAGGUUGACUUGUCAGUCAGCUAGUAGCUAACGUUAGCCUAGAGGCUAACAUUUUUGCUUCCACGGAACACUUUAAGGAUCCUUUGCUACACAUGCCUCAGGAAGGUGAGCAGUCACUUCCCCUCAUUCGUUCCUUGAAUUCGCGGAAUCCAGUCAACGCUAUGUUCUUCAAUCGCACCACCCGUGUGGUGCGUCCACUGUGGAUAAACUACACGGGGGAACCGCAGCCCUACCCUGACCUGCAACCGAUGUCGGGACAGAGGAUGACCACAUUCGUCGGUCACCCAUGGAUGUUCAGAGAUGCACAAAGUAACGAACUCCUAACGGUGAACAACAAGGGGUUGUUUCUUCCUAUGCCAGGAGAGGGCGGGGGUCCCACAAUGGCUAACAUCAGCGUACCAGUUUACAGCCUCAAGGAUUGUGCCCUUACGGUCAUUCGGAGACUUGUUCGACCGGCAGACUACAGGAGGUUGGAGAUCGCACGGUGUCUCCACGAGGAGCUGGAAGAUCAACCCAGCGUGCAGAAAGAUCUGCAUCGCAUGAACCAGCAAGUCGAGCUGCAUCUCCUGGAGAGGAUUCAGGGCCAGGAGGAAUGAGACAGACAAACUUAAACUGGACGGACAGUGAUUCACUUUGGACACGUCUGUUUUGCACAUCAGAAAGAAAAGAUUAAGGAUGAGACAAAUGCUGUGUAAACAUUAUUUCAGCAGUUGUAUUUUUUGCAUCAACUAUGACUUUAUUGAUUUAUAUGUUGUAUCUUUGUCAUGGUCUGUUCUUGCAUUUAGUGAAAGUCUUCCUCUUCAAAUAUUUUCCUUUAAGUCUAUUUCCAUUUACAAAUUAGGAAAAGUACAGUUGGUUAAAUAUCGCUGGCUCUGAACAAAAUUUAGAUUGGUUCAUGUUUUUGUCUACCUAGAUUUUGAGACAUGUACAUUUCAUAUUCAUAUAAAAUAAUUUGUAUAAUAUAAUAUAACUGAUAUAAUGUGCGUGUGUGUUUGUGCGGGUAUACGUGUACAUGCACGUGUGUGUGCAAUCAGAAUCUCUUCUAACAGGUCUCCGGAUAAUAUUUAGUGAGAACUCAGCUGAGAACAAUUGUCUGACUUUCCUGAUGAUGAACCUUUGUUCAUGUCAAUCCAUCAUGAUGACAAAAUACUUUCCUUUAAACUCGUUACUCUCAUCGACGUUAUCCCUGCAGGUCAUUCCUCGCUAGGAUUCUUCGCUGCCCAAGCAGAUAUAAAAAGUAAUAAAUGAACUGUUGGUGUGACAGGAGUCUGUCUGCCUUGUUGUCUAUGGUGACCUGUCUAUGCAUUUGACAGCUGAAUAUAUACUGUGUGACUUUCUUCUUUUAUAUAUACAUAUAUAUAUAUAUCUUUAAGAGGCUACUGACUAAAAACACAUUUGUGUUUUGAACAGCUUGUAAUAAGUUUCCUUCACUUGGUCUUUUGCGAAACUCCUUAAAGUUCAUUAUGUGCUGCUGUAAAUUGUGUAUAAAUAAAGAGAAUAUUCUUCGU